AAAAAACAAUCUAAGGAAGAUGAAAAGCACGGUAAAAAGCUACUAUGUUGUGGAGCUAAGAGCUUUUCCCAGAGGGCCAGUUUACCAGAGGAAGGACGAGUCCGAGUAUAUGUCGGAAACGACAGAGAUACGCAAUGCAAGCUAGAGAUGGAUGCUGAUUUCCUGACCCACCCUUUGUUCGAGGAACUCCUCCGGUUUUCUGAAGAAGAAUUCGGUUACUCAUACGAUGGAGCUUUGAGGAUCGCCUGCGAGAUCAAUGUCUUCAUUGACUUGAUCAACGUCCUUAAGUCCACAACUCAUUCUCCUUAUAAUAACAACACUAGUUUUUGAAGAUAAUCUCUUCUUCUACAUUAUUUUGGUUUCUUCAGCAGAGAAUUAAAGACGUUAUAUUCUAAUAUUUUCUUUUAUUAUUUGGGUGUAAAGGCCACUGAGAUAUGUAGGCAUGUGGAUUUCAUCUCGAUCUCAAUUAUUUUUCCUUCUUUUCUUGGGAAAUUGAUACACAUGCUUCAAUGUUGUAGAGCUAUUUUUUCGGGUCAAAGUUCUAUGAUGAACCUUUUUUCCCAUCAAGCAUCAAUGUACCAUUUUCACUUUAUGAUUUACUAUUGUAUUCCAUCAUCCAUGACUGUAUUCACUUACCAGUCUGUAUAUGUUACAAAUACGC